AUGGAGGCGGCCCGUUACCUGCGCACAAGCAGCCUGGCGCGCAAAUUUGCCUCAGACUUCCCAGAUGAACCGCACGUGCCCCUCCAGCUGCCGCCCGACCAGGCGGCUGCGUUUGAGGGCCACGUGAGGCCGCUGCUCGACCUGGCUGAGGGGGGGAGCCCCCGGGUGGCGGACGCCGCGUUAGUCAGGGCGGUGGGGAAGCUGCUGGCGCUGUUGGAGCGUGACCCGGCGCAGUACGGGCUGCUGAGGGGCGUCGCUGACUACGUGCAGUGCACGUUUGCCCAGUGCGUCCUGGACACCGCCGCCGCGUGGGCCUGCGACCCCGACCGCGCCGCCUUCCUGCGAGGCCUCCGCGCCGCCUCCCCCACCGCCGCUGACUCAGCGCUGCUGCUGGAGCUGCGGCGGCGCCUCGUGGCCGCCGGCGUGGGUGACCUCUCGACGCCGCUCGUGCGCUCGCUGCGCGCGCCGGCGGCGCCGCUGGAGCCCGUGACUGAGGGCGGGGCCGGGGGAGAGGAGGGGCUUGAAGCGGCGGCGGUGCUGCCGUUCAGUCUGCUGGCUGCGGCUGCACGAGGGGAGGGCUUCUGCCUGAGCGGCGGCCGCGUGGCAUGGCCGGCGCUGCGGCGGGCGCUGGCGGCGGCGAGCGGGCGGUACCUGGAGCCUGUGCUGGGGGAGGUGGGGGAGGGGCGCGCCAGGAUCGUGGUGACGGCACACCGUACCGGCAGCGGCGGCGGCGCAGCCGCUGACAGCGCGGCGGCGCCAGAGUCAGGCGCUGAUGUGGGCGCUGCGUCGCGGUGGUUUGACCUAGCAGUUGUGGGGGCUGGUGAUCUGGAGGCUGCGGCCAAGGGGGUGGAGGAUUGCGUGAGGGAGGUGCUGACGAGGCACAAGAUGCGCCAUGUCGACGCACCCCUGGCAGACGCCGCCGGCCGCCCCCACCCGCCGCUGCUGUUGCUGACUCAGCGCGCCCUCGUCGCGCUGCUGCCAGAGCCCGUCCGUGGUGGGGGUAGCAGCACGGGAGCGGGGGUGCGUGAUGUGGGAUUCAGGCUGCGGCUGCAGACGUACCGCGAUGUUGAGGAGCUGCUCCUGCAGAUCCCCACGCCUGCAGACCAUCCAGACGGCCUGUCAGAGUCGGACCACGCGCGCGACCGCCAGGCCGCCACGCUGCUGAGUGAGCCGCCCCCCUCGCCCGCGGACGAGUGGGGGGAGGGAGCCGCCUUUGACGGCGACGACGCUUUUGUGCUGCCCCUGGGGGCGCGCGCGCUGGCGACUGGCCGGGCGCCGAUCGACCCCGGCCGCCUGCGCGCCGCGGCGGACGCGACGGCCGCCGCGCUCGGCGAGGGCGAGGGGGCAGAGGGAGCUGCGGAGGGGGCCGCUCGCGCCGCCGCUGUGGCGCUGGUGCGCGCGCUGGCGUUGCAGGGGUGGGAGCCGGAGAUGCUCCUGCCGCGGCCGGCGGGGCACCAGGAGCUGCGGGCCGCAGGGGGCGUGCUCGGCGAUCUGCUGUGCGCGUCCGACACGGCCGCCGGGGCAGCCGGCGCCGCGCCCGGGGCGUCGGCCUCGGGCGCUGCGCCAGAGGCUGGGAUCUGGGCGGGGCGGGCGGCGUGGGAGCGCGCGGACGUGCCGCCGGAGCGCGCGGCUGCGGCGCUGGUGUCUGCGACGGACGGCCUCGCCCUAGGCCCCGAGGCGCUGCGUGCGGCGCUGUCCGGGGCCGCGGGCGGCGCGGGGGGCGACGCCGCAAGCGCGGCGGGGGCGGCGGCGAGGGCGAGGGAGCUGCGGUCGGCGCUGCAGCGGGGCCACGGCUGGCUCUGGCACGAGGUGGACGAGGCCGGCGGCAGCGGCGCCCUGCCCCAGGACUUCGCCUCUACCCUGCGCCAGCGGCUGCGCCCGCCACGCGCGCCUGCGCCCCCCGAGCCGGUGGUAUUGCCGCCGGAGGACCCAACAGCGGGGGCCUUGUGGUUUUACGGCGGUCUCUCGGCGUGA